AAUCAAUUAUUAACAACUCAAACUAAAGAUCUUCUCUUUAAUAAUCGGCAUUUUUGUGAACCUGUUCAUCCACUCACACUUGUAGUACUGGCAAAUACAGCUGAAAAAGAUAUGGGUCAAGUGUUAGAUAAAGUCCAAGAGGAUUAGAAGAGUUUAUAUAUACUCUUAUAUAUUGGAGAUAAAGAUAUGCUUCUGCAAGCCAGUCCCAACAACUUCAUUUCCAGUAAAAAUUGGUUGAGUCCUGGUUCUGCGACAAGUUUUUGGCCUAAAACUGUGUGCCCAUGGUCUCAUAUUGAGCUGAAAAAGGAGAGGGCUUCAGUUAAUAGAUCAAGAAUACAGGCUUCUUUAACUGAGACUGCUAUUUUAUGGGCCGGAAGAGUUUUUAUUCAUUAUGCAUUGUUGAAAGUUGGUCUGGCUGGAUCAUCGGCUAGCCCACGUAUCCCAUCAGGCAAGCAGUGGAGACGAACACAGAUACAGAAGAUAUCCGACAAGGUUUUUGACCGUGUCAAAAAGGAAACUGGCCAUGAUGGUUUGACAUUUGAAGACCUAUACAUUGCUGUAUUACUUGUAUACAAUGAGAUUAACAAACGCUUACCCGGACCACAUUUUGACCCACCAUCCAAAGAACAAGUCAAAGCAUUAAUGCUGGAAUGUGAUCUUAACCUCGAUGGAGUACUGAACCGUGAAGAGUUUGUGAAAUUUGUCAAACAUUCGACGAAGGAUACAUUCUUCGUUGUUAGUCAGGGACUGAUUGUCACUUUGGCAGUGGCGCCAACUGUUGCAUUACUUACUAAGAGGUCAACCGAAGGAAUUCCCCAUGUCGGAAGAAUCGUGCAAAAGUUACCCACUUCAGUGUAUGCUUCCAUUAUCACACUCGCGGUUGUGCUGUUUCAGAAUUCAUCUCAGUCUAUCGAAUGAAAGCUGUGUUGAGUUGUUUGCUCUCUUCAGCUAUUCGACAUUGUAUAUACAACUGCCAGUCCUUGAUAUUAUUCCGUGCUAUUAAACUUCAAAUAGGCAAAUCUGUAACUUUGCCAGAUUUUUUGAAUAAACAUGAAAUUUUAUUUCAUGGUGAUAAUUCUUAUAUUGACAUUUUGUGAUCUA